AUGAGUAGGUUGGAGGUACCGAAAAGGCGAUCGAGAGUACAAAAAACAGACGGAGUUAGUUCUGAAUACCUUAGAGCUGCUCAAUCUUUGGAUCAGGAGGUUCAAAAUGUUAAAAAUCUAAAAAGACUCUCUAUUGGAUCGAUAGAUUUGAUUACAGACCCAGAAUUAAAUGUUACAGUAACAGGAACCGAACGCGAAGACACGUCAUAUGAUGCAGAUUUGAGCAAUGGAUCAUUUACUGAAGAAGAUGACACAACGACAGAAAUUGAUGGAAGUGAUGCUGACGAAACAUCAGCAAGCAUUGAUCGCACAAGGGUAGAAUAUCUGACCUCAUAUGAUAACACACAAGAGAGUUCAAAUGAGAGUCCGAAAGGUGUUGCUAGAACUCGAUCACUUAAUUUAAAUUAUCAUGCCAAUAGCAAUUCAGAUAUAUCUAUAAAAGAAAGAACUUUAAGAGGAUCGCGAAGCCUCUCCAAUUUGAAAAAGCCUAAAAAUGAAGAACAGUCAGUUAGUGACAAAUUAUUUUGGGUGCCUGCAAAUCAACAUCCAAACGUAAAACCUGAGAAUUACCUGGAAUUGGUUAAAGAGACAUUGAAUAAAAUCCGAGAUAUAAAUACAGAUGGAAAAGAAAAAUCUGAGAACAACUCAGAGGAAGAGGUGUCAAACAAAGAGAACAUCAACGAAAAUGGUCGAUUGCGUGGCUCUAUAGUAAGAAGACCUUCAAAACUAAGAAAGUCAUAUACAGAGUUUAGUUCAGAAGAUCUGGAAUUACUGGACAAAGCUUUGUCGAAUAAUAGGAUUAUAUCAACAAGAAAUACAACAAAUUCAAAGAGGUUGUCACUAAAAGAAAUCACCAAUGAGCUAGUCAAACAUAGUAACAAAGCUGGACUUACCGAUGACAAUGCAGUUACAUUAGCUCGUACAUUAAGUAUAGCAAGUAGUGUAACCAACCAAAAUGAAACGGGCAGAAAUGAUCAGUCAAAUACUGAACAACAAAAACAAUCAGAAGAUGCUGAUGAUGACACUUUUGCUACUGCAGUUGUUGGCAACUCGCAUUCAUUAGCAUCGAAUACAUCAUCUCUUAGAAGAAGUAAGUUCAAUACAUAUAGAGUAAAAGCAGGACAACAAAGGGGUAUUUCAAGAAGUAAUUAUAUUGAUAGCACAAAUCGUACCGAUAACCUAAUUGCAAGACAUACCUGGGAGACUCCAUUGAAGGAUUCUUAUGAUGAACAUUCAACUUCUUACCACAAUAAGCAGCACAGUAUUUUGGAUUCGAAUAUUCCUGUAGUUACAACAGUGAGUGAUGAUAACCAUGAUAUAUCAGGUAGUUCUUUUUCACAGGAUAGUAGUAUGGUGUCAUCCGAUUCGACAUCAAACAGUAUUUUAAACAGACCCGAACACUCUUACUCAUAUGUAUCAGAGAAAUUAGACCGCGAGAUAGAAAAAACUGAUCAGUUCUCUAAUUUAGGCUCCAGCGAAAAUAAGAUAGAUGAGCCAACGGUGGAUACUAAAAGGCCCUCGUUAGAGCAUAGAAUAACUGGUGCAACAGAAAUAAAAGAUAAGAAUCUAGAACAAUCAGCUAUUUCGAAUCAUCAAACAAUUCAGAAGAACACGUUUAUUGAGAAAAAAGAACGUUUAGAUAAAAAAAUAUCAAAUCUAUUCAAGAGAAAAAAGGGCAAAAAAACUGACAAUGUUUUAGAGGCUGAUGUCCCUCUAGAAAAGGACAAUUGCUAUGACAUUAUUUCUAGUGAGUCACAAGAGGAAAUUGGGAAUGUAAUUCCGCGCACGACUUCUCCAGAAUCCAUAAGAGGUGGUUCUUUGAUUAGUUUUACAAAUUCAGCAGAUGAUAUAGAUGUCAAAUCGUAUCAAUCGGAUAAUCAACAACGUCGUUUAUCAGACGAAGUUGUUGAGUAUGUUCAAGAGUUAGAGGAGGACUCUAGAGAAUUGUCCGGAAGUGAUAUCUUCAACGAUCUGAAUGAUGAAUACAAUAGACAUUUGGAGUAUUCUAUUGAUAAUUCUAAUGAAAGCGUAUCAAUUAAUCAAUCAUACUCAUUGCAUACAGAUGAACCAAACAAAGUAGGUAAACCAAAGAAAUUAACAUUUGAUGAUGUAAAGAAACCUGAAAGGGCAAACGCACCAAUGGAAUUUACUGAUAGUGCAUUUGGAUUUCCAUUACCUCCAUUAACAAUUUCGACUGUAAUUAUGUGUGACCACAGAUUGGGUAUUAAUGUUGAGCGUGCAAUCUAUAGGUUAAGCCAUUUAAAACUAAGCGAGACGAACAGGGAAUUGCGUCAACAAGUUCUUUUAAGUAAUUUUAUGUAUGCUUAUUUGAAUUUGGUUGAGCAUACAUUAUCUGUUGAAGAAGCUGAACAAGAUAAGCAAUCUACAUCAUCGCCAGACAACAAGGUAGUUGAGCUUGAGGGCUCUAAUUACAAUACAGCUCACAAUCAAUCAGAUGGUACAAUUUUGAUUCCUGAGUUACAAUAA